AUGUCCCGAAUAGCCCUCGACAAAAUUCCGGCUCUCACGUUCUAUGGGGAUGGAUUGACCAAAGCCAGGCGGACACCUCCAAUAGCGCAGCUGGUUUGCAUCGGAAAGCCUUGCAAGCUUUACCAACCAGAAGUCGUGCGAUGUACGAAUCUCGGAGGGUCCGGCGUCGAAGUUGACUGGAAGUGCGAAGCUGACUUGCCGUCUUCUUUACGUUUCGGCAAGGUAGAGGUAUCUUGUGAAGGAUGGAGUGGUCCAGGUGACCCGUACGUGAUGAAGGGAUCGUGUUCAUUGGAGUAUCAGCUCAUUGAAUUGCCCGACGCUUUCCGCGACAACACGGGGUCCACGUUUGGCGGUGUACCGCGUUUCUUCCGAAAUCUGGAUGCGUCUGGCAUGGUAUUCAUGGUUGUCUGGUUGAUAGUCCUAGCAUUACUUGCCUACAGUUUCAUCAGCUCCUGCCUACGUCGGCAUUACCCAUCGACCGGUAACACGCGGCGUGUCAAUCCUCCCUCGUACCCCCAUGGAGGCAGCGGUGGCGGUGGCGGUUCGUUCCCCUUCAGUCCUUCAAGCCCACCUCCGCCUUACAGCAAGGAUCCCCCGUCGAGUUCUAGCGAUGGACAGUGGCGCCCAGGGUUCUGGACUGGCGCAGCUCUGGGCGCUCUUGCCCAGCAUUUGUGGAAUGAUAGACAAUCGCCUCCUAGGGCUUACGAUUGGGAGCGUGAACGCACGGGAUCGUUCUACCCAACCGCUAGACGUAGACCAGUGCCGAACUUUAGUAGUUAUGAUGAUAGAGGCGAGGGUCCUUCGAACCUCGGUGCGAUGAGGACAAGCACAGGUUACGGAGGAUCUCGCUCGAGAUGA